AUGGAGUUUUAUAAAGCUGUUUGUGCCAAAUAUAAGGUAAAAAUAAAUUCUCAUGUUGUAGAAGUUUUACAGCGGACAACUGCGACAGAGAACGUGACAUUAACAAUAACAGGAAACCAUCGGCUGAGACCCGUUCAGAGACUCGACGACGAUGACAUUCGCAUGCUCGUUCAGUGUCUGCAAAUCAAACAGGGUUUGACGGGCCUUGAUCUGAAGUUCAACAACAUCACAGAUGAAGGUGUCAUAUACCUUGCUGAACUCUUACAGAAGGAGAAUUCAUCUCUGAGCUGUCUGGACCUCAUGUUUAAUGACAUCCUGACAGAUGGAGCUAAAAUCCUGUGCAGCAGUCUGCAGGGUAACCGCACCUUGCUCUCUUUAAGGCUCUCGGGUAAUAAGAUCGGGAACAAAGGAGGGAUGCACCUGGCCAAGAUGCUGCAGGAGAACGACACCCUGCAGGAGCUGGAGCUGGCUGACUGUGAUCUGGGGAUUCAGAGUAUCAUAGCGCUCAUCAUCUCUAUGAAAAGCCACAAGACCCUACACCGUGUUGACCUCAGCCGACCUCUGCUCUUCAGCCACCUGGAGGAGUGGGCUGUGCACUGCACGGACAUGCUGGUGGUGAACUGCAUCAUGGUGGAGCUCCACCUGGCGAAGAUGGGGAUGACGGACACUGGGAUGCAGAGGUUGGCCGAAGGCCUGAGGCUCAACCGCAGCCUGCGCUACCUGGAUGUGCGCUGUAACCGCGUGACUCGUGAUGGAAUCCGCUAUCUCGCUGAGGUGCUCAAGCAGAACCCGACACUUGAGAUCAUCGACCUGUCAUCCAACCGGAUAGAGGGUGAGGGCGCCAAGUAUCUGAGUGAAGCAAUCACCUGUCCCGGCUGCAGCGUGAAAGAGCUGUCUGUCACCAGGAACAACAUCAAGGCAGAGGGUCUGCUCGCUUUGACUCAGGCGAUGACGGCAAACAAAACUCUGACACACAUCUACGUGUGGGGGAACCACAAGGACGAGCCUGUCUGCAAGGCCUUCAGAGAUCUGCUGUCCAGCGGCCGCCUGCUGCCACAGCAUACAGACGUCAGUGCGUACGAGGUCGAUGGUCACAUAUAUCUUGCUGAGGUCUUCAAUGCUUUAAGGAGACAUUACAGAACAGACAGUUCUGGCACAAAUGACACCUACAACUCACUCCUAGGUGACCGACUAAAACCAACAGCAUCCACCUGA